GGGAGAACACCGUGCGCACAAUCGCCAUGGACGGGACAGAAGGCCUGGUGCGAGGACAGAAAGUGCUGGACUCCGGUGCACCCAUCCGCAUCCCCGUCGGCCCCGAGACCCUGGGCAGGAUCAUGAACGUCAUCGGGGAGCCCAUCGACGAGAGGGGCCCCAUCACGACAAAACAGUUUGCUGCCAUCCACGCCGAAGCCCCCGAGUUCGUGGAGAUGAGCGUUGAACAGGAGAUCCUGGUGACGGGGAUCAAGGUGGUGGACCUGCUGGCUCCCUACGCCAAGGGCGGCAAGAUCGGUUUGUUUGGAGGUGCUGGCGUCGGCAAGACAGUGCUGAUCAUGGAGCUGAUCAACAACGUGGCAAAAGCCCAUGGUGGUUACUCGGUGUUUGCCGGCGUGGGAGAGCGAACCCGCGAGGGAAACGACUUGUACCAUGAGAUGAUUGAGUCUGGGGUCAUCAACCUGAAAGACGCCACUUCCAAGGUCGCCCUGGUCUACGGGCAGAUGAAUGAGCCCCCGGGUGCCCGCGCCAGAGUGGCUCUGACGGGGUUGACGGUGGCCGAAUACUUCAGGGACCAGGAGGGUCAGGACGUGCUGCUCUUCAUCGACAACAUCUUCCGCUUCACC